AUAAUAAUUAUAAUGAGACAGAACUAGAAACUAGAUAACGGUCAACGUUUUACUCGAUGACCGAUAGAAGAAAUCAAGCCUAUCGAAAUUAGUGCUGUGCACCAGUGACCAAAGCGCAAAACAAUAAUACCAGUUUUAUUGCAACCAAUCAAAUUUAUUCACCGCAAAGUGUUCCUAUUGCGCAACAAUAGUGCAGGCAUCUGUGAAAAGUAAACUGGAAGUAGCUACAAUCACCGAAUGUGCUGCUAGCAACGCGACGUCACUUGUCCAAAUCUGACUGACAGCACGGACUCGGAAAUCAUAGGCAUGAAAUGACCUUAACACAUGUGUGCGUCGAAGGUUUGCAUUACCUUCGAUGAAAAACACGAAAGGCUGUUGUCUAUAUGUUUUUAAUUUUGCUUUAAUUCUGUCCGAAACGCGUACCAUACCAUGUGCCACCCUUUUACAUCAAAAUUUUGGACAUUUUUAACAAGCUUCUCGUAGCGCAGUUUAGUCCUCUUGAAAGCUUCUUGGUCUCAGUUACUAUUCGAAAUCGGUAACCGUUGGACGCGCACAAGCGAUAUAUCCGGAGCGAUGAAGAUUUGCAAAAUAGGUUACACGCGAAAGCAGCUGAUGGUACUUAUAGUGAUAAUCUUUCAAUUUGUGCGUUCGUCAUUCGCAUCAGAGCAAAAUACGUUGGAUAGCGCUACCAAUACGCUGGACGGUAUCGAAAAGCAGCCUAAUGUAGAUUCAGUUAAGAGUGACUUCCUCAGUGAAACCAAAAAUUAUUACGGCACUAAGAACAUUCUAAACCAAUACGACUUCGUGAUAGUAGGAGGCAGCCCAUCGGGAUGCGUAAUCGCCAAUCGAUUGUCGGAAAAUCCCGACUGGAAAGUGCUACUGAUAGAAGCUGGAGAGCGUGAAAAUUUACUUGUCAAAGUACCGGUAUUUGCUGCAUACAUGCAGUCCACCAGCUACAAUUGGGGUUACCUUGCUGAACGACAAAACUAUUCCUGCUGGGGAAUGGAAGACCAACGCUGCGCGAUGCCACGCGGAAAAGGACUCGGAGGUUCGACGCUCAUAAACUACAUGAUGUAUGUUCGAGGUAAUCGCAAAGAUUUCGACAAGUGGGCCGAUCUCGGUAACCCCGGGUGGUCUUAUAAGGAUGUACUACCAUUUUUCAAGAAAUCAGAAAAAUCUUACCUCAACAUUUCAAACCAUUAUCAUGGUACAGAUGGGCUGUUGGAUGUACGAUUCGUUCCCUAUCGGACGCCAAUGUCUCGUAUUUUUGUGGAUAGUCUACGUGAAUUGGGAAUGAAAGAAUUGGUAGACUACGAUGGCGAACGUCAACUUGGGGUUUCGUUUUUGCACACAAAUCAACGUAACGGCCAACGACUAUCAGCUAGCGCCGCUUUCAUAGAGCCAAUUGAAUACCGACUUAAUCUACACAUACUAACGAAUGCUAGAGCGACGAAAAUAUUGAUCGACCCAAAAUCUAAGACAACUUACGGGGUGGAAUUUGUUCAUAAAAAGAAACGGUAUGCAGUGAUAGCAAAAAAAGAAGUAAUUCUCGCUGCUGGAGGACUGCAAUCGGCACAGUUGCUAAUGCUGUCCGGAAUCGGGCCAACCGAUAAACUCGAAACUGUCGGAAUACCUGUUGUUCAAAAUCUUCCAGUAGGGCAAUUACUUUAUGACCAUCUAUAUUUUACCGGGAUAUCAUUUGUGACGAACACACAGAAUUUCACACUACACGUUGACCGCGUUGUAACACUCCCUAUGCUGGUUAAUUACUUUAGUGGAAAUGGAACACUUACGAUUCCCGGAGGAGUCGAGGUUAUUGGUUUUCUGAAUACGCGCGAAUCUAAUCGAGACACCGUUCCGGAUAUUGAACUAAUUUUCGUAAAUGGCUCCCCAGGAUCCGACAAAGGAAGUGGCAUACGAAGAGGGCUUCGUUUAAAAGAUGAAGUUUACGACAUAUAUCGACCGCUGGAGUCCGGAGAUAGGGACGCUUUUACCGUGAACAUCGUUUUACUACACCCAAAAUCAAGAGGUUACAUGGAGCUGAAGAAUAGUAAUCCUUUUCAGUGGCCGAGAUUUUUCACUAACUUUCUGAAAGAAGACGAAGAUGUAGAAACGUUGCUCAGAGGUAUAAGACGAGUCCUGCAAAUAUUGGAUACCCCAACGAUGAAACGAUACGGUGCAAAGUUACAUGAUAUUCCGCUACCAAAUUGUGCCCACAUACAGUUCGCAAGCGACGAUUACUGGCGGUGUGCACUUAGAACCCAGGCCACGUCAAUGUACCAUCAGACGGGAACCUGUAAGAUGGGGCCUACAUCGGAUCCAGAGGCAGUUGUAUCGUCAGAGCUUCGUGUACACGGCAUUAGUAAUUUGCGUGUCGCAGAUGUGAGCAUUAUACCGGUUACCUUCAGUGGCCAUCCGGCAGCAACUGCUUACAUGAUUGGUGAAAAGUGCGCGAGUAUCAUCAAGGAACAGUGGAUGCAUAAGACCCAAGAUAGCUGGACGAAGAUGCAGAACACCAAACAAAAAUGAAAUAGAAUACAAGAAACAUAGGGUAUCACAGUAACAACCUAGAAAAAUCUUUUUAUGAAUCGAAAUUCUCCGCUUCACAUUAAAACAAUCAUAUUGAUUAGUAUCUGUGUCACUGUUACAUGUCGGUUCAAUAUUUUGAUUCACGUAUACCAAAUAAA